GCCUGCUCCCGGUCGGACCUACACCAGCGUCGCACCAUCCUUCUUUUUUUUUAAAAACCCAGAACACCGUCAUGCACCUGAGCGCGUACGAGUCGUGCCAUUCCCUGGUGGUCCUCUUCAUCCUCCUGAGGAGCUGCCAGGCGCUGAAAAACGACGCCACGGAGCUGCUGUUCUCUCACGUGAGCGCGCCGGCACCGGAGGUUCAGAGCAACGCGACGCUGAACCGCGCGAGGAACGGCGGGAGAGGAGCGAGCAGCGGGGCGCACGAGAGAGAAGAACGAAGCCAGAUUGGCUGCAGAGAGCUGAGGUCAACUAAGUACAUCUCUGACGGCCACUGCACCAGCAUCAACCCCAUCAAGGAGCUGGUGUGCACCGGCGAGUGUCUUCCGGCUCAGAUGCUUCAAAACUGGAUCGGCGGUGCCUACAGCAGGAAGCCCUGGGGUCGCCGGAGCAGCAGCCAGGACUGGCGGUGCGUCAACGACAAGACCCGCACGCAACGCAUCCAACUGCAGUGCCAAGACGGCAGCACGAGAACGUACAAAAUCACCGUGGUCACGUCCUGCAAGUGCAAGAGGUACUCGAGGCAGCACAACGAGUCCGGGAGCAAGUUCGAGGAGCCGUCUCUGACGCCGCCGCUGCUCCUGCACAAACACAAAUCAAAGAGGAGCAAGAGCAAGAGGAGGCUGGGGAAGAACCGGCUGAGUGAGAACUGGCACGAGACUGAACCCUGAGAGCAGAGAGGCAUAAAGACUCUGAAUCCACAUGAGCCUACAGGAGUUUGUCUUCAUGAUACUGAGACACAACGUCCAGAACUUGUGGAUUAUCUCUGAAUGGACUGACAGCGAGAUCGAGAACUGCCAUGUGGCUCGCCAUUUUAGGUACACCGGCAUGCCAGUUUUAUUGUAGUAAAUGCCAAAAAGAAAGACAAGUUGUGUUAUUUUCAUGAAUCAUGGUGAUGGAAGAUGGGCAGUACUGGUGUGAGUGAUGAGUGGUACAUGGCGCUGGCCCCCUGCCGCCAUGUUCCCCUCGACAAAGCGCACCUGUUGCUUUAAAUCUGGCAUGCCCCCAACAUCACAGGCAUGCCAGUGCUCCUGAAGCGGCACUCCACAUGGCAGUUCUUCGACCUCGGCGCUGCCGUCUGAAUGUGACUGGGACUAGAUUCAAGUGAAGCUGGUUCCUGACGAUGCUGGAGAACUCUAAAGGAUGUCCCGAGGACGUUCCUUGACCUUUUAAAUGUUGUUGAAGAUAAUGUGAACAGAACCGAGGCGGAUAAUCUGCGGAGCUCCCUGGAGCCGAGACCAACCCAACCUGCCCCACAUGUAGCCAUGAGCAUGCAUUUUGUAUUCAUUGUAUACACAGAUGAAGCUUUUCAAACUUUUUAACCACCAACACCAGUAAACACCAAAACAUCUACAAAAAAAAAAAAAAAAAAAAAACAUCCCUGUAAAUACUUGUACAUAUAUCAAAUUCUUACUUGCCUUUUGAAGUCUGGCCAUGUGUAUAAAGAUGUACUGUGUAAGAUUCAUGAUGUAUGAUGUAAUAUAUUUUCUGUGCAACAUUUAAAAUGAAAAGUUUGCGUCAGCUUUGCGAGUGAAAUCUAGAAAAGCUUUGUCACUAAUCCGUCUUUGUAAUAACUUUAUAUGGAAUAAAUAUAACGUUUGACCACA